CGCCACGCCCGCUCACCCCGCGUGAACGACCGUGAAUACACCGUGGAUCAGAGUCGGUACUUUCUGAUAAACCUGCAGGAUUUACGCCUUUUGUUGGAUGUUUUCUUCACCCGGGAUACCUGUACAGGAUGAGCUGCUGACACUGUUUGCACUUUAAAACCUGGACCAGGAGAAAUCUUGUCCAUUAUGUCCACUGACAAGGAGCUGGACAGAGUCCACACCCCGGACGACAACAACCUGGUCCGCCCCGGAGUGGAGUUCUGCUCGCUGCUGCAGCUCGCCGGCGCCACCAAAGACGUCUUCACCAUGAAGGAGGUCAUGUUCUACCUGGGCCAGUACAUCAUCCAGAAACAGCUGUACGACCAGAAGCAGCAGCACAUCGUCCACUGCUCCCAGGAUGCACUGGGGCGGGUGCUGGGCGUGGACAGCUUCUCGGUGAAGGAACCACAGGCCCUGUUUGCAAUGAUCACCAAGAACCUGGUGGCCGUGAGGAGUCCAGACUCUCCGACAGGCGGCGGAUCGGCAGGCAGCAGAGCGCCGGACAGAGGAAGAGAGGAGUUCGACGCACCGAGUCGCUCUUCGUCUCCAGACCGCAGGAGAAGACGGAGGAGGAGGCGGAGCCACAGGAGCAGCGAACCAGGCCCCUCCUGCAGCGUGGAUGACGGCGAUGACGAGCAGGAGUCGGAGGCGGAGUCUGAAGACGAGGGGAGGAAGAGGAGGCGGUCUGACAGCUACUCCCUGACCUUCGACGACAGUCUGUCCUGGUGUGUGAUUGGUGGACUGGGAGGUGGGCGGGACCGACACAGCAGCCAAUCAUCCGACUCCCACAGCGGGUCUGCCAGGUCAGAGGUCACGGAGGCGGCCUCAGACUCCGACAGCGAUAACUUCAGCGUGGAGUUCGAGGUGGAGUCCAUCGAUUCUGACGACUACAACGAAGACGACGCCUCGCUGUCUGCAGACGACCAGGUGUAUGAGGUAAUCUUCGAGGCUGAGGACGAAGACUCUUUUGAUGAAGACACAGAGAUUUCUGAAGCUGAUUACUGGCGCUGUGUGAAGUGUGAGGAGCUGAACCCGCCUCUUCCCAGGAACUGUCAGCGCUGCUGGGCUCUGCGUGCUGAUUGGCUGCCUGAGCUGUCAAUCAGCCCCGCCCCCUGCGGCGCCAAAGCUCUGCCCCCAAAGCCCACCGGCCAAUCAGCUGCCAAGGAAGCUUCAGCUUUAGACGUGGAGGACAAUGAAGGUGUGGACGUCCCGGAUGGAAAGAGGUCCAGACCGCCGGCUCUGUCCCAGACCGUGUCCGAGUCCUCGGUGCCGAACUCCCAGGACGCGUUGUCCUCCUCGCAGCCCUCCUCGUCCUCCUUGUCCUCCUCCCAGGAGAAGCUGUGGACUCCAGAGUCGCAGCCGUCCUCGUCCUGCUGCGACUCCCAGGAGCUCGUCCCCCCGGCGUCCCCGACGGACCCGCCGCCGCCCGAGCUGGAGCGCAGCGUGUCGGCGGAGUGGCGUCUUCCCGACUCGUGUCUCGACCCGUGUCUCAUCUGUCAGUCGCGGCCGAAGAACGGCUGCAUCGUCCACGGACGCACGGGACACCUGAUGUCCUGCUACGUCUGCGCCAAGAAGCUGCAGAGGAGGAACAAGCUGUGUCCCGUCUGCCGGAUGCCCAUCCAGACCGUCAUCCUCACCUACCUCAGCUGAUCUGUCCCCCGGAGGACCGGUGGAGGUCGGAGGUCAGCGGACCGGAGCAGUGGACGUCCUCUGGGUCUUGUCCUUGUUUGUUCUUUGAAUCACUAAAGUCUGAAUAGUUGGACUGAAGACAGUCUGGGUCUUCUGGUCUGUCCAUCUCUUGUUUGUCAGUCCACUGCAGAAUGUCUGUUUUUGGGCGUGACCUGUCUCGAUGCACUUGAGUCUGGACGGGGGAUGGGGGACAGGUCUCGGGGACGGGGGACGGCUGGAGUCCCCCUGGAGAAAAAGCCUUUAUUUAUUUAUUGACUGGGCUCUCUGACGCCUGCUUUCUCCUUUUGUUAAAAUGAAUAAAAUUUAAC